CACACGCUGCAGUAUUUCCACACUGCGUCCUCUCAAGUUCCAAACUUCCCAGAGUAUGUGGAGGUUGGUUAUGUUGAUGGAGUUGAGAUUAGUUACUAUGACAGCAACAUCAGGAAAACAGAAUCCAAACAGGACUGGAUGAACAAAAUCACAGCAGAGGAUCCAAAAUACUGGCAGAGAGAAACAGAGAUCAGUGUUGUUAGUGAGUUUACUGCCAAACACAACCUUGAAGUUCUUAAGAAGCGUUUCAACCAAACUGGAGGUGUUCACAUUGUCCAGUGGAUGUAUGGAUGUGAAUGGAAUGAUGAGACUGAUGAGGUUAAAGGUUGGGAGCAGCACGGUUAUGAUGGAGAAGAUUACUUCUCGUUGGACAUGAAGACAUGGACAUAUACUGCAGCAAAACCACAAGCUUUCCCUGACAAACUCAAGUGGGACCAGAACAUAUUUCUACUGGACAACAAUAAGUAUUAUUACACUGAGCAUUGUCCUUCUUACUUGAAGAAGUAUGUGAAGAAUGGGAAGAAGGUCCUAAUGAGAACAGAGCUUCCAGAGGUGUUCCUCCUCCAGAAGACGCCAUCCUCUCCAGUCACCUGCAUGGCGACAGGUUUCUACCCCGACUUAGCCGACCUGUUUUGGAGGAAAGACGGCGAGCAGAUCUUCGAGGACGUGGAGCACGGAGAGCUGCUCCCCAACCACGACGGAACCUUCCAGAUGUCGGUGGAGCUGAAAGUGGAGGUGACGGCCGAGGUGGAGGGCAAGUACGAAUGUGUGUUCCAGCUGUCUGGCGUCAAGGAGGACCUGGUCACCAAGCUGGAGAGAAGAAGCAUCCUGAGCAACGCAAGCCCUCGCCACGGCGGCGUGGAGCUCUCCGAGAAGGUGGCGGCAGAAGGCUGA